AUGUAUUUAACCGACGGAGUCAGUGAAUCGGGCACUUAUGAAAGUCCUAGCAAGUACAGUUCAAACCAGUGGUCGGUACGACGCCCACCCGCACCGCCGACGAGCAUUCCUUUAGAUGACGGCUUUGACGCGGUAACGACAGAAGUGCCCACCGAAUGGAACAUCGGCGCCGUACGCCAUCGCGACUACGAGGAGUCAGUCAGCGGAUAUCGGAACUAUGUCAUGGACAUGGAGAGGAAGCUCAGCGGGGAGGAUGACUACUACGUGUCCAGCGGGAAGACCUUCGAUAACACUAAACGUUCCGAUUUGACCUAUACCGGCAGCAUGAGGACCCUAAAGAGGAGUCCACUCAACAUGCCUAUACCGGAAAACGCGAGGAAGAUCAGCGGUAACAGAGGGAAGAUCGAGCUUGUGGAACAGAAGGUUAUAGAGGACAAUCCACAACGAACGAUCUCUCUAUGGCGCGAAAGGGUAGCUCAAAGUAGUGGGGGAAGCAACAGUCGAUAUGACGAUGCGGACGACCUGCGAAGUGACCAUACCAACAGCCAUGCACAUCGCAGGGUACUAUCUGACGACUCGCGUAUGCGGAGGGUGGCGAGCCAUGGCCGCACGGGAAGCGGUGGUACCAAUGCGCAUCCGAGGGGGACUGGGAGAGAGAUGGAGGUGCGCAGGUCGGGGAGAGCAUCGUAUGAAAGGAGCGAGUACAUGGUGACUUAUGCUCAACCUUCUCGAAAUGGUUUUCCUAUGGCUUUUUACGCCCAAUCGGAAAUUGGGAACGCUAUUCCCCUAAAGAACCAAGGAUCACAGUCGAAUUCGUCGAACGCGAUGGUUAACAAGCCCUUGCCGGAUAGAUCGAUAUCAUCAGGAAAUAGACGGUUGUCUGGCAGGCACUCCAACGAACGAAAUGAGUAUAUGAUCACUUAUGCACAGACAUCUCCGUUUGGUAGCGGGAGUACGACACGCACUCCAAGUCUCAGAGGGCAGAGGACAAUAACGAUGACGCCUCUGCAGAAGAAGUCGUUCAUUCCUGCCCAUCCUACUGAUGCUUCCACCGUGACGAAGGCGACGUCCACGUCGUCGGUGGAACUCAUACUCUCCUCAUGCGACCCCUCAUUGCUGCACAUAGCGCCAAUCCUGUCGGACCUCGGCAUUCAGAGACUGGAGCACUUGCGAGCUAUCGCGAGGCUAAGCGAGGAAACACGGGACAAGGAGAUUAAGGAGCAGGCUUUGAAGAGGGGUGUCACCGUUGUCGAGUGGGCUAUUCUGCUCGACAAGCUCCAGAGCUUGUAG